AUGAGUUCUGAUACAAGUGAUAUCCAACAAAUCGAUGCAGAUGCAACUGAUAUCCAACAAAUUGAUGCAGAUGCAAGUGAUAUCCAACAAAUCAAUUCAUUCAAUAGAAUUGAUGCAGAUGCAACUGAUAUCCAACAAAUCAAAAACGUUAAGGAAUUCUCGAGGGAAUUCUAUUCUGAAUCAAAGAAGCUAUGGUAUCUCGCGGCUCCAGCCAUAUGCACUCUUGUUUUCCAAUACUCUAUUAGUGCCAUAACUCAGGUGUUUGCGGGCCAUGUGGGAGACAUUCAACUUGCAGCCGUGUCUGUGGAGAACAAUCUUAUUGCUGGCUUUGCUUUUGGGGUCUUGUAUGGAAUGGGAAGUGCACUAGAAACACUUUGUGGACAAGCGGUUGGAGCAAGGAAACUAGAUAUGCUUGGCAUUUACAUGCAAAGGUCAUGGAUUAUUCUCGCGGUCACAGUCAUACCAUUGACAUCAGUAUACAUCUUAACCACCCCAAUCCUCAAACUCCUACGCCAAAAUCCACAAAUUGCGAAAGCCGCCGGGAGGUUUACAUUGUGGAUGAUCCCAGAACUCUUCGCUUACGUGAUUAUUUUUCCAGUUCAGAAGUUCUUGCAAUCACAGAGCAAGAUCUUUGUGAUGGCUAGUAUUACGGUUGUGGCUUUCGUUGGGCACGUGGUGUUUAGCUGGCUGUUUAUGCUCAAGUUGCAUUGGGGGCUGCCGGCCGCGGCGGUGGUGCUGAAUGCCACAUGGUUGUUCAUCAUGGUGGCACAACUAGUUUACAUUUUCUCAGGGGCUUGUGCUGAUGCUUGGAAUGGGUUUUCUCUGAAGGCCUUUGAGAAUCUCAGGGGCUUUGUUCGCCUAUCUCUUGCAUCCGGAGUAAUGUUUUGCUUAGAAAUGUGGUACUUUGUGGCACUUAUUCUUAUUUCUGGAUACACUAAAAAUGCAGAAAUUUCAGUUGAUGCAACUUCUAUAUGCAUCAAUAUAUUGCAAUGGACGAUAAUGGUGGGUAUUGGAUUCAAUGCCGCAAUAAGGAGGUUCACAACGAAGUGGAUUUCAUGGACUACAGCUGAUCAGCAUCGAAGUACCAUGCGUGUAGCGCAUGUACCCCCGGGUCUGGCUUCAGUAUUAGAUGAUGGUGUGAUUUGUCGUGUGGAUACGGGCUUUCACGGUCCAAAUCAUGCACCGGCUUAUGGUUUUAUAGUGCAGGAGAUGGAUGGAACCUUUGUGGCGGCAGGGAAUGGUCCUCUUAUUUGCCCAUAUGACCCCCUCUUGGCGGAAGCAAUGGCUUUGUGUGAGGCUUUAUCAUGGCUAAGGGAUAAUGGCUACUCAAGGAUUUCAGUGUGCUCCGAUAGUCUUGUUUUAGUUUCUAGUCUUAAACAUGCAAGUUCGUUUCGUACUUAUUUUGGUUAUGUUUUACUAGCUUGCAAUCGUUUGUUAUCGUCUAUGACUAGAUCAACAGUAAUUCAUGUUCGUAGGGAUGAUUUACAGGCUGCCCAUGUUAUGGCUAAGCAUGUAACUGCCUCUUUGUCAUGUUCUCUUUGGAGGGAUAUUCCUCCUUCUUUUCUUGAGCCUGGAAUGGCUAAUGCAAUAUAA